AUACUGGAUGCGAAAGUACGAAAUAUAUCCGAGAUUAUGGAAAAUCUGGAGCUUACAUUUUCGAGCGGAGAUUCUUCGAAGGAAAAGAUAUUGGGUGCGAAACUAAGAAAUUUAUCUGCAAUCAUUGAGAGUAUGGAGCUUGCGGAAUCCAGUCGUGACUCUGUGAAGGAGCAGUUAGCUAAUCUGGAAGAGAGGUUUCUGCGACAGAAUGGAACACCAACCUCACCAGUGAACUGUGGGAAGGAGGCGCUGGUGUCUGUCUCUGAACCAUGGACCAAUAGGUGGAUGGGCACCGAGGGUAGAUUCACUUACGGUGCCUGGUUUAAGGACCCGCUGCCAACACAAGGAAACGAAGACAAGUUCUACUAUGCAUCGUUUGCGUCUGGCGUUCUAUAUGAAUUUGCCAACUACUCGGACUUCGUGUCGCAUUCGAAUCCGGUGGCGCAUUCCAUUCCGAACAUCUACAGCAUCAACAAUGCGUCCGGUCUAUGCGUGUAUAAUGGCUCGUUCUAUUUCGUCACCAAACACGACAUGACGUUGUUCCGAUACAACUUGCACAAGCAACGUACGGUAGUUCAGCGGCCACUGGGUUACCGGUUGAGCAAAUACCCGUACAGUAACUUCCAACAUACCAACGUUGACCUUGAGGCAGACGAAAAGGGACUGUGGGCAAUCUACGGAAUAGAUGGUCGCAUCAUCAUCAGCAAAGUCGAUCCCGUUCUACUCAGUUUCACGCGAACGUGGAAUACGGUGGAAAGCGCCACCGCUAACACUCCCCGCAAGCGAUCCGUCGGUAACGCCUUCUUCAUCUGCGGAAUCAUGUACGCGAUCCGCUCGCACGAGACGCCAGAUGGCAGCAUCUUCUAUGCGUACGACACGAACACGAGCCGAGAGGUGUUCGCCUCCAUUCCGAUACACGUCAAGUACGGGCUGCUCGGCCAGCUGUCGUACAACGCGCGCGAGAGGGUUCUGUACGGGUACGACAACGGCCACAUGAUCACCUACCCUCUCCACUUCGCACCCGUCGCUUAGUCAGCGCGUGGCUGCUGGAAACCUCUCGCAGUGAAACACCAGCAUAGCACAGUAGCAUUAUUGGGAGUUAUCCACCACGUGUAUCUGUCCUUUGUACGCGUACCCGUAGCACUGUAGGGUUAAGAGUUAUAUUCCACAUAUAUCUGUCCUUUGUACGUUUACCAGAAGCACUGUAGCAUUGGGAGUUGUAUCCCACAUUAUAUCUGUCGGUUGUACGCGUACCCGACGCGAUCAAAUUGAAAUGUUUUACUCAUAUCUUUCCAUAGUAGCCGCUGUAGGCUUAUGUAUCGUAUAGUGA